AAUGCAUCUUGGAUUUGCAACAACUUUGUAUUCCCGCGUCUUUCAAGAAAAGGAAAACCGAACGCAGAGAGUACGUUCUUAAUCUAUCUCUCUGUAAUCUCGCCAAAUCCCAGAGAAAACCGUUUCCUUUGUGCCCUGGAAUGAGCAAAGGAGCAGAACUAUAUGUUUAGCGCUUUUUUACUUGAUUUGGAAAAUGUGGGUAACGUGCCUAUAAGCCUGAGCUAGAUGGGGGCGGACACGCCGCAAUGCUGGAGGGAGGAGGUCGAUUCAAAGCUAAAGAGGCUUCAUUCGCUAAAGUUUGGCGCCGAGCGAGCUCUGGAAACAGGGGAUGGCCAAACUGCCCUGGGGUUGGCACUACGCUUAAUUGGCUUCCUGGAGUCCCAAUGCGGUAACACUGAUCACACCGACGAAAUUUACAUCAACCCAAUCCGAAAGGAUGCCUACGCUAAAGUUCGUGCAGCUCGCCAAAUUCUGGAAGCUGACUCUGACAGUCGUGCUUUUGAACAGGCAAGGUGCAAGAAAGAUUUCAUUUUCUCUAAUAGAGGGAGCAUUGAUAUAGAAAUGAUCAAGCAAUCAAGAUUCUUUAAACCUCUGAUUGACAAGGAAUCUACACCAAGCAAGGAUAAACUGGGUUGUCUCUCUCCAAAUAAUCCCAACUUGGCUACUUCACAUUGUCCCAACUUGCCAAGGAGAAGUCUCUUGCACCAACCAAAAGGUGUGGAUUACCAGCCGGCUAAAAGUUCCUCCACUACCCCCAAGCAGUUGACACAGGCUAAGAUAACAUCUUUGUAUGGGAUUGAGGUUUCUAAGCCAGCUGAGACUUUGUUAAAGGGAGAUGCAGUUUCCACUCAAAGCAACUCUUUCCAGGAGCUUGUCCAGAAGCAAACAACACUUUCAAACCGUUUGAAUUGCCAAAAGACUUCAAAUGCUACUUCACCUUUGCAAAUUGAUGAUGAAGAUACUGCAAAUGAAAAUAUUAUUAAAAGAAAACGACGGCAUUUGGAGGCAUUAAAUCAGAUGCAUGAAAAUGGCAGGCCAACAUUAAAUGGUGAAGGCAUUGAGGAUGAUGUUGCAGCUACUGGAUUUGUUACAGCAAGGCUAAAAUUGGCUAUGGAUAACAUGCAAAAAAGGGGUGCUUCUUGUUCUCCAAAUAGUUCUUUUUCAGCAACAGUCAAUCCAGGAAAUCCCAAUAAUUGCAAUGGUGGAAGUUCUUUGCGGACCAAUGUUCCUAAGACAUUGGGAGUUCCUCGUAGAGGUGUGCGAAACAACUUUAUUCCUCCUGUGCGUUACAAUGCUGCUGCCGGUGGGGCCAAUGUUACAUCACGAUCUCCAGUCAAUGGUGAUAAUGGAUUAGAAGAAUCAACCAAAAAAUGUUUAGAAAUGCUUGUUGGUCCUGAUGGUGAGCUCCCUGAUAAGUUGCGGAACUUGGAACCACGUCUGAUAGAGCAUGUCAGCAACGAGAUAAUGGACCAGGAUCCCAAUGUUCGGUGGGAUGAUAUUGCUGGGCUAGAGCAUGCCAAAAAGUGUGUGACGGAAAUGGUCAUAUGGCCUCUUUUGCGACCUGACAUCUUUCAAGGUUGUCGCUCUCCGGGCAAAGGGCUCCUCUUAUUUGGCCCCCCUGGUACUGGGAAAACCAUGAUUGGAAAAGCUAUUGCAGGAGAAGCUAAAGCUACUUUCUUUUACAUUUCUGCCAGUUCAUUGACGAGUAAGUGGAUAGGUGAAGGUGAGAAACUGGUGAGGGCGUUGUUUGGAGUUGCUAGCUGCCGACAACCUGCAGUAAUAUUUGUUGAUGAAAUAGAUUCUCUUCUCUCUCAACGUAAGUCAGAAGGGGAACAUGAGUCUAGCAGAAGACUGAAGACACAGUUCCUUAUAGAGAUGGAAGGAUUUGAUAGUGGAAACGAGCAACUUCUACUAAUUGGGGCAACAAACAGGCCGCAGGAGCUUGAUGAAGCUGCCAGAAGGCGUCUAACAAAGCGUCUAUAUAUACCACUGCCUUCUACAGAAGCCAGAUCAUGGAUAAUAAGGAAUGUAUUGGACAAGGAUGGCUUGUUUAAUCUUUCAGAUGAAGAAUUGAAUUCUGUUUGCAAAAUUACGGAUGGUUAUUCUGGAUCUGACAUGAAAAAUCUUGUAAAGGAUGCUUCAAUGGGACCACUUAGAGAAGCCUUACGCAAAGGGAUUGACAUCGCAAAUUUAAGGAAGGAGGAUAUGAGGCCAGUCACAUUACAGGAUUUUCAGAAAGCUCUGCAAGAAGUAAGGCCUUCUGUUUCCCAAAAUGAACUUGGAAUCUAUGAGGAAUGGAAUCAACAAUUUGGCAGCUUAUCACUGUAGUUGUUUGAUGAGAAAUGUCCUGAAAGUAAUGAUCUUUGCCUAUUCUAAUGUGAUGAAGUAUUUUACUUCCAUCUUUUUUAAGCAAUCUUGGUCAAGUUCAAACACACAACAGAAGGGAUUGCAGUUAUAAAACAUGCCAUCUUUGUUCAGCCUCAGUACAUUUUAGUGGUGGUCUUAAUGCAAAAUUCUCAGGAAUCUGAAACUGUCUUCAGCGGUGACAAGUGAGUGUAUUUCAGUCCUAAAGUUACUGUAUUCAUUAUGCUGACCAAUUUGUAGCACGGCAAUUUGUUGAUUACCAAUGCAACAUUUUCUUCAAAGCUUAUUAUAAGGAUUGUCCUGUUGUACUAAGAAAAGGAAUGGGCCUGUCAUCUAAAAUUACCAAAUAUAUUGUCAAACACAGUUUCCCAAUGGACUAUGGCCAAGUAAAUUUGUUUUGGGUAUCUUCAUCAUUUUUAUACACAAUAAAAUCAUCAAACAUUGUUGACAA